UCCGUCAACUGGCGCCUCCACCCGCCCGGGCUGGCCUCUUCCAGCUGUCACUUUAGGAAACGCGGAGGCCAGGUGAGGGGCUUGCAAGCGGGAGAGACGUGCGUAGCCGAGGCCGGAGCCCUGGAGACGAGCUGCGGCGCGGCGCUGCCUGACCGCGGGACUCGUGGGCAGCGCGCAAGAGCGGUUUGAGCGUCGCCGGCAGCGUGUGGGGUCCGCGGUGGCGCUCUUUCUACCAGCGGUCUGCCGUUCGAGCUCGUUGCUUUCUGUGAACACCGACUAGAGUUGCACCGGUUUCUCACAUUUCUGCACCGGUUUUCUCACCUAUCUUGUGAAGAGAGUAAUUCUCACCUUAACCGGAUUGUUUAAAAAAUGGAACCCUAUUCCUGUGACACAUUUGUGGCAUUACCUCCGGCAACAAUUGGUAACAGGAUUAUUUUUGGAAAAAACUCAGAUAGACUCUGUGAUGAAGUACAAGAGGUAGUUUAUUUUCCUGCUGCGGUUCAUGAUAAUGGAGAACAUCUUAAGUGUACUUAUAUAGAAAUUGAUCAAGUUCCCGAAACGUAUGCUGUUGUCCUUAGUCGCCCUGCUUGGUUGUGGGGGGCAGAAAUGGGAGCUAAUGAGCAUGGAGUUUGCAUCGGGAAUGAAGCUGUAUGGGGAAGAGAAGAAGUUUGUAAUGAGGAAGCUCUCCUGGGCAUGGACCUUGUCAGACUUGGCCUUGAAAGAGCUGACACAGCUGAAAAAGCCCUCAAGGUUAUUGUUGAUUUGUUAGAGAAAUACGGCCAGGGUGGAAACUGUACGGAGGGCAGGAUGGAAUUUAGCUAUCACAACAGUUUCCUGAUAGCUGAUAGAAAUGAAGCCUGGAUUCUGGAGACUGCAGGAAAGUAUUGGGCAGCAGAAAAAGUAGAAGAGGGAGUCCGUAAUAUUUCUAAUCAGCUUUCUAUAACAACCAAGGUUGAUCAAGAGCACCCAGACAUGAGAAACUAUGCUAAGCAGAAAGGCUGGUGGGAUGGAAAAAAGGAAUUUGAUUUUGCUGCAACAUAUUCUUAUCUUGAUACAGCCAAGAUGAUGACUUCAUCAGGCAGAUACUGUGAGGGCUACAAGCUUCUGAAUAAACACAAAGGAAACAUAACUUUUGAAACAAUGAUGGAAAUUCUCCGAGAUAAACCAAGUGGCAUUAAUAUGGAGGGAGAAUUCCUGACCACUGCAAGCAUGGUUUCUGUUUUACCUCAAGAUUCCAACCUUCCUUGCAUUCACUUCUUUACAGGAACUCCUGAUCCUGAGAGAUCAGUUUUUAAGCCUUUCAUAUUUGUGCCACAUAUUUCACAACUAUUGGAUACCAGUUCACCAACAUUUGAACUUGAAGAUUCAGUUAAAAAGAAGCCACACUUAAAGAUUAAGCCUGACAGAAGACACCUACUCUAUCAAAAACAUCAACAGGCAUUGGAUGUAAUAGAUAAUAAUGAGGAUAAAGCCAGAACAAUGUUGGACAACAUGAGGAAGCUGGAGAAAGAAAUAUUCAAAGAGAUGGAAUCAGUUCUCCAAAACAAGCAUCUUGAUAUGGAUAAAAUUGUUAAUCUCUUUCCUCAGAGUACAAAAGAUGAAAUUAGAAUUUAUAAGGCAAAUAUUAGUUCUUAGAGAUCAUAGAAAUGGUUGGAAAUCUUCCUCAAAAUCAGAAUCCAUUGUCUUCAGGUGAAACUACUUAGCUACUAUUCUUUAAUAGUAUUCAAGUGAUAGUGCAACUGUUAAAACUAAAUAUAGUUUUGCUGAGAUACUGAGAAAGAAAACAUUGGAAUUGAACACAUAUAUCAUGGGGCAACUAGGUGUUACUUCAGGUAAUGAAUUAUUUCUUUUAGCCACAAUAACUUUUUUUUUUUUUUUUUUUUUUUUUUGUGGUGCAGGGGAUUGAACCCAGGGCCUUGUGUUUGCGAGGCAAGCAAUCUACCAACUAAGCUAUAUUCCCCCAGGCCCACAAUAACAUUUUUGUCACAAUAAUUAAGUAUUCAAUUCUACAUAAAGCAUUAGACAUUAAUAUUAUGCAUGGAUUUAUAUUAUAAUUUUGUAACAUCAUCAAAUCAUUUUAUCAAUUAUUUCAAGAGUUUUUUUUUUUUUUUUUUUGUAACGGAAAAAAUAUGAAGUGGUGAGUUUUUUUGCGUUUUAGGCAAAUAUUAACCAGUGCUAACAAGAGAAUUUUCUAGAUUUACACACUAAGUCUUUGUCAUUGUAUCAAUUCUGAAAAUGCACUUUCAUUCAAAUACACUAUAUUGAGAGUUGGCUUACCAGUGAACUUACAACUCUAAUUUUUUAGCUUCCCACUGUCUCUCAGAAACCACUGUUUUGUUUUUAAUUUUCUCUGUAGUUUUGCUUUCCCCAGAAUGUUGGAAUCAUACAGUACGUAGCCUUUCAGUUUGGUUUCUCUUAUUUACUAGUAAUAUACAUUUAAGGUUACUCCAUGUUUUUUAUGGCUUGAUAACUCCUUUCUUUUUAGCACUGAAAAAUAUCUCAUUGUCUGGAUGUACCAUUGCUGUAGGACAUCUUGGUUGCUUUUAAGUCUUGGCAGUUAUGAAUAAACCUACAAAUAGCCAUGUGAAGGAUUCUGUGUGGAUAUCAAUUUUCAGCUUACAUUGGGUAAAUACCAAGGUGUGCAAUUGCUGGAUGGUAUUUUAAGAGAAUGUUUAGUUUUUGUAAGAAAUUGCCAAAUUGUCUUCCAGAGUCAUUACUAUUUGCAUCGCCACCAGCAGUGUUGCUCCAUAUCCUUGCCAUCAUUUUUUGUUGUUGGUGUUUUGAAUUUUGACCAUUCUAAUAGGUGUGCAGUUGUUUCUCGUUUUAAUUUGCAAUUCCCUAAUGACAUGGAAUGUUGACCAUCUUUUCAUUGCUCAUUUCCCACCUUUGUAUAUCUUCUUUGGUGAGAUGUCUGUUCAGAUCUUUUGCCCAUUUUGAAAUCAGGUGUUGGUUCAUUAUCUUAUUGUUGAGUCUAAGACACUUUUAAAGACAUUGUUCUUGGGUUAAAAUCUCUAUCCUUAACAAAUGCCACCAAGAUCCUACGAAUUAAUCUGUCCUUCAUCUAUAUCUUAUUACACACCAUUGUUUUUUAUGUUUCCAACUGUGCUGCUCUUUCAAGUCUUGGAAUGUACCCAGUUCCUUCCUCAUGGCUAAACCCUCUCUUUCACCAUUCCUUCCAUGUUCUCCCCUUUUGUAGUUCUUUUCGUCUUUCAAGUUUUGCCAAAGCAGGGAUUCCUUAAGGAAGUUUUCCUCAAACUACAAGGUAGGUCUCCUACAUACUCUUGGAGCUACAUGUAAUCCUGAUCACAAAUUAAUUAUAAAUUUGUCUUUCACAGAAUAAAGUUCUAUGAAGCUAGGAAUCAUAUUUGUUUUCACUGUUGUAUGCCCAGUGUUCAGUAUUGUGUCUGGUAUGUAAUAAAUGCUUAAUAGAUAUUUGCAAAGUAAAUAUUCUGGUACUGACAGGAAAAAUUUAUACAGUCCUCUGCCUAUAGAAAUGUAAGGUUGAAAAAAUUAGACAAUUUAUCCAUAUAACUUGCUAGCUUUUGAUAAGUCUCAAAUCAAUCUGUCACUUCUUUCCAUAUUAAAAAUGGGAAUAAAUCCCCAGAUAAAAGCAAGGAUUAUCAUUACAAUAUGAGAAUUAAUUUAUAAAGUAGCUUGACUUUCACUCUAUAAAUGCAAUGUGGCAUUUGGGCUAUGGCUAUUUGUGUGGAUAAUUAAUGCCUUGGGUUAUGCUGUAGAAAUUUAAGGUUUUAUUAAAUUUUAUCUCUUGUAAGAGUAAAAAAUAUAGUAGCUGAAUUAAGUUUUCUAUUAGAUCAAUCCUUAAAUUAUGUUAUAAACCAAGGGAAUAAUUUAAUAAAUUAUUUCUAAAACAGCUAGUUUGAUCUUUGAUGACAAUAUCAGUUUAUAAAUUUAUCUUCAAUAAAAAAAUUUUGCCCUAGAAAUGAUAUGCAGUCUAGAAUUUUGGAAAGUUAGUUCCUUCUUGAAAAUUUGCCAAAAACAGGUCUACAAAGUAAAUUUUUCUCUUUUGAAUUACUUAAGAAUUCUAUCAUACCAUUUGCAGAGCUUUAAAAUCUGUCUUUCCCUGAAGAAUGGUGAUAAUAUUUAUGGUCCUGAAAUGUGUUUCCAGUCAUCACUUAUCACAUGUAUAUGAUAUGAGAUAUGAAGGGGCAAAAACCAAGAGCUGAAUUCUGCUGCAUAACUUUUAGGUCACUAAUCAUUGUUCUCCCAAGUACCACAUAUACUUUAUCUUAUUCUAAAAAUAUUAAAAGCAGAGCACAAGUUAGGCAUGGAUUUGUACAUUGAGAGUUAAGAUAACAAUUGACUAUGCUGAAGAAUAGUAAGAAGGGGUAGAUUUUAAUCAUAAUUUUCCCAACUGUGAUUCUAUAUAUUAAAAAUCAUGAAAUGUAUGCAAAGCACUCUUAAUUUCAUAUUGACUCACUAAUAAAAGGUGUUUACUGAAUUGGGGAAGUUCCUAUACACAGGACCUAAAGGGUCAUGAAGAAAGGGACAAUCUUAAACUCAUUUAAGAAAACAUUGAAAACUUAGAGAAAAACACCUCUAUGAUAACAUCUGCAUCAUUCUAGUUACCCAAAGAAAAGAUGACAGCAAGGAAAGUUAAAAUAGGUAGUUUAUUGAGAAACUUGCUUUGUCAAUGAGAAAGUAACAGUUACAAAUAUUUUCAUUUAAUAAAAUUAGCAUAUCCUUAAUCCUAAAAACAUCCCUUAAAAUCCUUUAUCUGAAACUGCACAUCAUUCUGAUCUAGGAUUUUCUUUUAGUGUCCUCCAUGGAAAAAGAUCCUUUUGUGCAAAUAACAGAACAUAUGCAGUAUGACUUAUUCAUAUGACUUGUUCAUAAACAAAAAAUUUCCCCACUUGAGUAUGAGUUGCUUGCAUGCAUGUGAGUUAUCUCUCUACUGGAACAGCAGUGAGACUUUAUGCUUACUCCCGAGCAUUCAGAGUAUUAAUGUGGUCAUUAUUUUGUUUUAGAAAAAGUUCUCCCACAAGACAGUUCUGUUUAAAAACACCCCCAUUCUCCAAUUUUAGCUUGAAAUUUGUAUAGGUACACUAAGGUAAAAAUUUACAGGUUAAAUACCCUAGGUUUCCAUGCAGGUUUUUUAAAAAUCAUGUAUUUGUUGCAUUAAAAGGCAAUAAUUUUCUAAAUGGCUUUAUAUAUAAAACACUAAACAUGAGAUAGUUAAACAUUUCAACAUAUUUUAAGUAAGUUAAACCAGCACUGACACCUAACAAUUAAGUAGAUGUUCAAAGAUCAUGUGAAUAAUUCUCUUUAAUAUUCUGAAGAUGAACUUUAUCUGAGGGUGCUUUGGUUUGAAUGUUUGCACCCCCUAAAUUCAUAUGUUGAAAUGUAAUCCCCAGUGUGAUGGUACUGGAGGGUGAUUAGGUCGUAAUGGUAGAGCCCUCAUGAAUGGCAUCAGUGCCCUUCUCAGGGCUGAAGAGACAAGAGUUCUUUUCUUCUACCAUAUGAGGUCACAGCAAAAAGGCACCAGCUGUAAACCAGAAAUCAGGUGCUCACCAGAUACAUGCCUUAAUCUUGGACUAAACAGCCUCCAGACCUAUAAAUAAGUGUUUCCAGAAAUAAGAUUCUGUUGUUUAUAAGCUAUCCAGUUUGUGGUGUUUCAUUACAGGAGCCUUAAUGGACUUAGUGACAUUUAGUAAUUUAAAAAUUUAUAAUUUUUUAAUACAUAGAAUUCAUAGACAGAAUUCUAAAGGUAGUCACAGAGUGCUAUGUUUAGAAGUUUUAACUCUUGACUUGGACUAUAUAUAUGAUCUUUUUUAUUCACGGCAGGGAAUAAAGUUGUAGGGUUAUCCUUCUGUACUAUAUUGCUUUGUGCAAAUAACAAGUGAUACAUCACAUGGCAAUAAUUUUAUAACAUUUAAAUAAAUAUGCACAAAUUAC